GGCUAUCCGGAGACGUGUAACGGACAGUGGGCGGCAGCCAUGGCCGAGAGGAAGCCGAACGGGGGCAGCGGCGGCGCGUCCGCUUCCUCGUCGGGCACCAACUUACUCUUCUCCUCCUCAGCCACGGAGUUCAGCUUCAACGUGCCUUUCAUCCCCGUCACCCAAGCGGCUGCGUCCCCGGCCUCCCUGCUGUUGCCAGGAGAGGAUUCCACAGAUGUCGGCGAGGAGGACAGCUUCCUUGGUCAGACUUCGGCCCAUACGUCUACCCCACAGACAUUUAGCUACUUCUCGCAGGCACCAAGCAGUGGUGAUCCUUUUGGGGCUAUUGGGCAGUCACCAUUAACAACGGCAGCGACAUCAUUGGUGGGACAGUCGCCGUUCCCUAAGCCCCCAGCUGCCCUUCCUUUUACAACUGGAUCCCCAGAUGUGUUGAAUGCCUUUUCGCCUUCCAUUUCCAAGGCUCCGUAUGGUGCUCCGCCAACUUCGCAGAUGGGAAUAAAUGCUUACCAGCCUUCUCAGCAGAGCUGUCUCCCGCCUUCCAAUUUUGGGAGCCCACCACCAGGAACACCUCAACAAGGAUACAACCCAUAUCGCCACACUCCAGUCAGCAGCAGGGUUAACCCUUAUAUUACCCCGCCCCAGCUGCAGCAGUGCCAAGUCUCCGGCCAACCCACCUUGCCGCCACCCUCUGGACCCCCUGUUCCGAUGUACCAGAUGCCUCCUGGGGCUUUGCCGCCGAUGCCGCCUGCAGCGCAGCCAGCUGUGCCCUCGCCGUCCCAGCAGCAGGCCCUGGCCCGGCCAGCUGGCCCUGGGGGGCAGGUGCCACCUCCAUUUCUGCUGCAGAACCAAUAUGAACCUGUCCAACCACAUUGGUUUUACUGCAAAGAGGUCGAAAACAAACAGCUGUGGAUGCCUUUCAGCGUGUAUGAUUCGUUGAACCUUGAAGAAAUCUAUAAUUCAGUCCAGCCAGACCCCGAGAGCGUGGUCCUCGCGACGGACGGGGGGCGGUAUGAUGUCCACCUCUACGACCGCGUGAGGAAGCCAGUGUACUGGCAGGAGGAGCCAGCUGAAGUCAGGCGCUGCACUUGGUUCUACAAGGGGGACACGGACAGCAGGUUUAUCCCCUACACCGAGGAGUUCAGUGCAAACCUCGAGGCUGAAUAUAAAAAAGCUGUCACCACCAACCAGUGGCACCGCCGGUUAGAGUUCCCCAGCGGCGAGACCAUCGUCAUGCACAAUCCCAAGGUGAUCGUCCAGUUCCAGCCCUCCUCUGUGCCAGACGAGUGGGGGACCACGCAGGAUGGGCAGACGAGGCCCAGGGUGGUCAAACGGGGCAUUGACGACAGCCUGGAUGAAAUCCCCGACGGGGAGCGGCCUCAGGUUGACCACCUGGUGUUCGUGGUGCACGGCAUCGGCCCUGUCUGUGACCUGCGCUUCAGAAGCAUCAUUGAAUGUGUGGAUGAGUUUAGGGUGGUUUCCCUCAAACUGCUGCAGACACACUUUAAGAAGCCCUUAGAUGACCAGAGAGUCAGCAGAGUGGAGUUCCUGCCAGUCCACUGGCAUAGUUCCCUGGGUGGGGACGCUGCAGGGGUCGACAGGAAUAUUAAGAAGAUCACCCUGCCGAGCAUUGGCCGGUUCCGGCACUUCACCAAUGAAACCCUGCUGGACGUGUUGUUCUACAAUAGCCCCACCUACUGCCAGGCGAUUGUGGAGAAAGUCGGGCAGGAGAUAAACCGGCUGCACACCCUCUUUAUGAGUCGGAACCCAGACUUCCAAGGAGGCAUCUCCGUGGCUGGUCACAGUUUAGGUUCUUUAAUACUGUUCGACAUACUGUCCAAUCAGAAAGAUGGGAAUUUGUCCAAGUCUCCUGGGCCUCCAGCUGUUGCUAACGGCGUUGAGAAGCAGUCAUGUGUUCCAGAAAAGCAGGUGACGGAAGAGCCCAAGCUGCCUGUGGAUGAGGCCUGCGACCUGGCCGUUGGCGAUGCGGAGGUCCUGACGUUACAGGACACUCUGGAAGCACUGAGCCUCUUGGAGUACGCCAGCACUUUUGAAAAGGAGAAGAUUGAUAUGGAGUCUCUGCUGAUGUGCACGAUUGACGACCUGAAGGAGAUGGACAUACCCCUGGGGCCCAGGAAGAAGAUCUCAAACUUCGUGAAGCAGAAAGCGGCCACGCUGGAACGGAAAAGAGCGGCGUUGGAGAGGAAGGCAAUGGCAGCCGCUUCGACCAAAGGGCAAGAGGAAAGUGCCCCGAAAGCCAAGGAAAGGGCUCCUCUCCCCGCAGACUCUGCUAGCGAGUCAAAGAGGAAGCUGCCCGUCGGCGCCUGUGUUUCCUCGGUGCACGUCGAUUAUGACUCCUUUGGAGUUGGCACCGGACAGGUCUCUGUUGUUUACAGCUCAUUAGACUUUGAGCCAGAGAUUUUCUUUGCCUUGGGAUCUCCAAUUGGAAUGUUCCUCACCAUCCGGGGAGUGGACCGGAUAGACGAGAACUACAAGCUUCCGACCUGUAAAGGGUUCUUCAACGUUUAUCACCCGCUUGAUCCAGUGGCAUAUAGGUUAGAACCUAUGAUUGUUCCAGACUUGGACCUCAAAGCGGUUCUCAUCCCACAUCACAAAGGCAGGAAAAGGCUCCACUUAGAGUUGAAGGAGAGCCUCUCGCGCAUGGGCUCUGAUCUGAAGCAGGGCUUCAUCAGCUCCCUGAAAAGCGCCUGGCAGACGCUCAAUGAGUUUGCCCGCGCUCACACCUCUUCACCUCAGCUGCAGGAAGAACUGGAGAAGGUGGCCAAUCAGAUCAAGGCAGAAGAAGAAAAGCAAGUGGUCGAAGAAAAGCUUGUGGAAAGUCCAGAGUUUUCCAAGGAUGAAGACUACUUAGGGAAGGUCGGCAUGCUGAAUGGAGGUCGCCGGAUUGACUAUGUUCUUCAGGAAAAGCCAAUCGAGAGCUUCAAUGAGUAUCUCUUCGCUCUUCAGAGCCACUUAUGCUAUUGGGAAUCUGAAGAUACUGCCCUGUUGUUGCUGAAGGAAAUUUAUCGAACAAUGAACAUUAGUCCAGAGCAGCCGCAGCAUUGAUUGGACUUCACCCCACUGUAAAAUUCCAGUAUAAAUUCGAUCACUGAGAAAAACCCUCUCAGGACGGUGCCAGCUUGUUCCUGUGGUGGGUGACACAAAAGGGAUUCAUCGACGGUUUCUUUUUCACCCCGUAUCUCACACUCCGAUCCUAACCUUCGCUGAGAAUCAGAGAGAAGAGGGGGAGCGUGGGAGCCGCCAUGGGACAGCGGAGAUGAGAAGAUGUGAUCAGAAACACAAGGGAACUCAAGAGCUCCUCGGAUGAUUGUAGCUGCCCAGCAGUGCAAAUCACGUGCCUUGGCGCACACGCUGUAGCAUGCAGACAGUCCCUCUGGUCAACUCUCGUCCUCGGGCAGGUCAGCUCGAGUUUUAAUGAAUGCAGUAUAUUCUUUUUAUUCAAGUGGUAGACUGGCUGAGACAUUAUGGUAAUGUGAUUUUUAAAAAAUAAACAACUGAUGUCCUUCCUGAAAUGUGAAUCGCAGUGCUGAGCUGCUUUGACACAGGGUGGCGAGCCCCUGCAGGCCCUGAAGUGUCACCUUCUCCACAGCUGCCCCAAGGUCCUUUGCCUUGGGACAGCAUCCUCUGCAGGCCCCUUGCUGCCAGAAUCACGGUAGAGGGCUUUUCUUUGGUCUCAUGGUUUGGGGGAUCGUUUUGUUUUUGCUCCUGUUUUAAUUUCACUUAUACCACAGUGUGUGUGUGCGUUGUAUGCGUCUGGACCGUGCAGCUGCUUCAUGCAAACACUGCCCUGGACCCAUUCCCUUGGUUUUACAAUGAAUUCAGAUGCUUACCAUAUUUCCCUAAUCCUAAACAGGAACUCCGGCUCUCUUCUUUCCUGAUGUAGUAGGAACAUUGUCACUGUUGACAUGGUUCUCAUGGAACAUGGAUUUUUUGCAAACACAUAGGAUACACAUUUCUCGUGUAUGUAUUCCAAUGAGUGUGAAUAAAACGAUAACAUCAAGGGAUUUUUUUAAAACGGCAAA